ACUGCAGUACAACCAGAGCAGGGUUUAAUAUGGUACAUCUCCAAGGCAAACACAUCACCUGAGCACCAAGCACUGUAAAAGCCCUGGGGAAGGGAGAUGUAAUGCACUGGACCUUUCCUGGAUGGGCUUGGCUACAUAAACCAUUCACUCGGCCUCCUGAUUCCUCAGAAUGACAGUUCUUUAAAAUUCAGAGCGCACAAUAAGUGGGGAGCAAUACUGGAGGGAAGAAAGCAAUGACAGUGCUGUGUGUCUAAUUCCCAUAUAACUAACAGGAAAAAAAUGCACCAUCCCUGGGAAGUGGUAUUUUCAUGAAAUAUCUGUCUCUACACAUUUGGUUUGUAUUUGAUGAACUGGUUAUAGGUUGAAAACGGCACCCAUCUUUCUCUUCCUCCAAAAUAACUGGAUGGCCUGGAUUUUUAUUUUUUAUUUUUUUACCCUUUUCUAAUUCAAUUUUUUCAUUUAAAAAGCAGUUGAAACCCUUGACUCCCCGAAUGCUAUCCAUCUGGGGCCAAUUAGGCCACUUAGGCUAUCGCUCCAUUAAGUGUCUUCUUGUGCUACUGCAGGAACAUUAAGAUAAAACCGUACCCUGUUAGAAGUCUGCAAGCACUUGGCUGACACAACUCGGAAUAAACAUCAAACUAAACUGGCAUUGGUCUGCACUUCCCAGACAUGAAUUUACCAUUUUUAAGGGUCCCUCUGUAAAAGAUGUUGCUGCUGUCCCAUAGCAGACAUGCCUUUUGAAAUGGAUAUCAUCCUGUUAGCUGGACAACUGUAUCUACUUUCAGAACAAAAUCAGCAGGUGUGGCCUGCAAACAUCCUGAGCAAAAUGUUAAAUACAAAACCACACAUUGCUGACACAGAUGUAGCUCCUUCCUGUUCCGUAUUUUAUGCCUAAAUUGCAGGCUGAGGGAUAGAAAGAAGUGGUUCAGCUUCCACAUUCUCAAAGAUAUUUUAGGUUUAAUUACACUUAACAAGUAGUAACUUUCAGCUCCUGCAGUGACAUUUUCAGCGCUUCCCCAGGAAUCACAGCUUUAAAACCCUGUCAAUAUAAACCACUGAGUAUAAAGAGGAGACUGAAAAAUGGUAUUAGACAAGAAGACCAAUGUUUAUCUGAACAUCUAUUUCUGCAGAAUUUCCCCUUGCAAAGCAAGGAACAAUGCUUUUCUUUGGCAGCAGGUAUUUGGCUCAGUACUUGAAAAAAAAAAAAUAAUGACAGUGUAAACAGGAGCUGGUACACAAUACCAAGAAUAGGAACAAUAGCUUAAAAGAACUCUCAUGUUUUCUUUCAGGAAAUUCUAGGGGUCUGCUAGAUUAAUAGUGUCUGUAGGCUGCUAAAUCAGAAACAGCUUUGGGCCUUUUGGUCAGGUCUGAAUGCAUGGGGAGACGCAGGCAGAAAUCACGGUACACCUCCUGCACCUGCUCUGGGAGAAAGCUGGAUGUGUCCAUGCAGGCAAAUUUGGUUUUGUGGACCUGAGAUAGUCACCAACCCAGGCAAUCCCUGCCAAGAGCAGGUUCCUAAAUGGCAAUUAAAUUUCUGGGAGAUCUUUGGGUAGCACACGAGUCCCGUCAUUUUUAUUUCUUAGUGAGGGCUGGAUAAAAACAUUCUGUGCGCCUUAGGCUUGAAUUUCUGCCUCAGACAUGGGUUACUGCUAGGAGGAGAAAUGUCUCAUAUACCAAAAUGUCUCAAUUAAUCUCCCCUAAUCUUUAGAAAAUCCAAAGGGAUGAAUGCAAUCCCCUCCCCACCCCUUCUGCCCCCAAUCUGUUUAUUUUUAGGAGCUGAAAUGCAGGAUUCUCAGAAACACUUUGCUUCGUUUUAACUGAGAGAAAUUAGUUUCAGAAGUGAUGAACUGAGAGCCACAUAAAAAUGUAACAGGGGAACGUGAGAACCUGGUGGGUCAGAUAAGGUAUUUUCUGAGCACCUCAUCCUGUCUCCAGCACUGAGUAUCAGCGUUGGCUUGUAGGGAAGAGAGUAAAAAUCAGGCAAGAAAAGAGAGCAUGCAAGAGAUAUCUGCAAGUACUCCAGUGCUUCCUUCCCAAGCUGUAUGAGCAAGCUAAGAGAGCAUUGUUGGGUAUCUAUGAUUAAAAUCAUUUUUCCCAUGUACAAUUACAUCGUGUUUUCCACUCUAACGUUCAAUAACCAUUUUAUUGCUCAAUCAGUAUCAUGAGCUCCUUCUGCUGCUCCACACAGCCAGCCUCACUUUGGCUUAUUCUGAGUAAUUUCGUGCCAUCAGCAAAAUUUAUUACUUCAUUAUUCACCCCAUUUCCCAAGAUCACUGUGCCAUUGAUCUUUGUCAGAGCCUGCAGAUACCUCAUUCUGCUGUGAUCACUGUCAACUUAUUCUGCCUCUUUGUUCCUCACCUUUAUCCAGUUACCAGCCUGUGGGUGAAAUCUCUCAUUACCCUGUAAGGACUGAGUAUUUAAGGUCCUCACAGAAGAAUCUUUCUCAAAGCCUUUCGCAAAUACAAGUGCAAGGUCUGGAUCAGCUCACCAUUUUCCAGGCCACUUAUGCCAUCACUGAUGUUAGUGAUCCCACUACAAGAUCUGCAUUGGCUUUUCUCACACUUGUCUGUCUGUCUGCAGAUUCUAUUUCUUGUUUCUACUGAUUUACCUGAUUCCAAAAUCGAAUCCAGUGAACUGUGUUGUCCAAGCAGGUUGACACUUUGAUGCUUAAAGGAGUCACUGAUGGUUAGCUAAAGGUAACUGGCAACAGUCACUGUGACCCCACAAGUCAUAAGCAGUACAGACACCAAGAAAGCAGAAACAUAUUUACCUUGGGAUACACAUCAGGCACUGAGACUCCUAAGUCAGGAAGAAAAUGAUUAUUUUCCUCCAUAACUGUGGAGUCCCUGAAGCCCGAUGAAGCAGAUGAGGCUGUCUAACAUUUUGGAAAUGGUAGCCUGGAGCGCGGUAUCCAACUUACACCCUGGGGAUGUCAGCACAGCCUCUGUGGAAAAUGCCAGCCUUACCCACGGAGCUGGAAUAGAUGCCUGCUUUGAUCUGCUUGUGCUUGAACAUUUUGGCCUCUUUAUAUUUUUAGGAACAAAACAAACAAUUUCUAGCAAAGGCACUUGAUGCCAGCUUGUUUGUCCUAUGACACUGCCACUCUGUCUGCUCACGAGAAAGAAAAACAAGCCAAUGCAGUCCCUUGCCUCUCUGUGGCAUAACCACCCUUGGGACAAGCUGCUCCUUACAGCACCAGCAGCAAAAUCCAUGCAACAUUCCUAAUUAAGGUAAUGCUGUCAGGAGAGCCUCAGUUACCUGUAGCCCCAGUAUUUAUGGGAAAGUGUCUACUUUUUCUUAGCAGCUCCUGCACUGCUUGAUCAAAGCCAUUCAGGACAUUGUUUGGGGCUGGUGCUUCCCUUUAACAGAUAUGCAGAGGCAGAAGAUUAGUCAGAACAGAAUGAGCGCAGAUUUCCAAAAUGGGUGAGCAAGGAACAUGGAAAUACGGAACCAACACUGACUUUGGCUUCUUUUGCCCUCCCCAGUCAGGAUCCUAACUCUGACAAUAUGCCUCUGCUUGAUUUCUCUUGCCAAGUUGCUGGGAUUUUUUUUUUUCUGAGGAGGAAAUGACUGUGGAGCCACAGUGAGGAAUCCACCUUCUCCUGCCUCUACCUGUUCUGGAAGGCAGGCAGCCACCUGUGCAGCUGCAGCAUCGGCUGUAAAGGUUGCUUUGUGUGAAUCCCCCACCAUUCAGGAGAGCUCCCAUGUCUUCUUGGGUGCCACCACAGCAGUGCAGAGAAAGGCAACUUUAGGUUCUCAGACAUCACUGUGGUGAUGGGGACAACACCAAUCCCUAUCCCGUACUGAUACCUAACCCUCUUCCUUCAGGCAAGCACAGUAUCUCCCCUCAUUGCUAGUACCUGUUCCAGUGCCUUAUGCUGCUAAUGCACGGCUACCACUCUUUUCUAUCCAGACCCUUGAUCACCAGGAUUCGAUUUCAGGACUAAUCUUAAAUUCAGACAUUCCUGCUGACUCAUUAUAACACAUCUGCAAAACCAGGCAGUCCAGAAGGUUGGUGGAUGAGGGCUGAAGAGACUUUCAUGGAAUUAAUCAUAGCAACAGCAGCAAUUUGCUGAGAUGCCUGAAGCUAUCAUAUCCUGCCAUGAGCGAAAAUGCAGCCUAAUGCCUUUUCUGAACAGGAGGAAGCUGUUUCUGUGCUAUUUGUUUCCAGUUCCUACUGAGCGUCAGGACUUGAUAGAAAUGAGAAGAUGCUGUGGCAAAACAAGAGGGAAGCUCCACUGAAGGUUGGAAUGUUCCCCUGCAGAUGUAACCUGGCACAAAACAAAGCCCUGUGAGAUCACUCAUAGGAACAUUACUUUUAAUUUAACUGAAGUAAGCAGCUUGAGGUGCUGUCAGAUAUGGACAAACAUAAACCAGUGAGAAGGAGCAGACCUGGAUGCUGCCCAGAAAUAGUUCCUUUUUACAAAAUCCCACCAAUGCAGGAGACCAGCCUGGGGUUGUGGGAUGAGGAAAUUAAAAAUACCUUGUUGUCAUAAGAGGAGUAUGAUGAAGCAGAUGAGCAAGAUGCAUUUGGUCAAAAGCAGGAAACCUAGAUGCAGUGAUAGCCAUGGUGCUGGCCAUCACAUUGAUCCAAAGGUGUCCAAUCUUUAGAAAUGCCUCCGCUUUGGCAGUGUGUUUUGGUGUAGGAAAGACUGGGGUAACUGGUUAAAUCUGGAGGUUGAUCAAAGCCUUAUAACCCCACUGAAAUCCUGUGUGUUUACAUAGGUGAAGGUCCAUCCCACACCAGUCAGCAAGGCAUGGACUAGGGAAUGGCCCAAGAAGUGCUCAUGAACUUACAGCAUGUUUUUUUUUUCUUUAGGAACUUCCUGAAAUUAGAGUAUAAGAAGGGGACUGAACAGUCAGAGGGCUGUUUUCCAGGAAGAAAACAAAUUAAGCAGCAAGGUUCCUAACCAAGGGGAGAUGGAAAGUCAGAUUACUCACCGCAAAGAAAAACAUGGAAACACGCAUAAAAGAGAGGAAAAAGAAAUCCAUUGGACCAGAGGUCUCACACUGGUGAAGCAGAAGCCAUCCAAGGAGCUGAGGCCCAUGCUGGGGGCUGUCACACUGGGCCUCAUCCUGUUCAUCACUGCGGUGGUGGCCUGGUGCUACUACACGGUGUCCCUGCGGAAGGCGGAGCAGCUCAAGACAGAGCUGAUGGACCUGCGGGCGGAUGGCUUCGUCAUCAGGAACCAGCACGGGGAGGUGGUGUUCCGCCUGGCGUUCCGCUCGGGGAGCCUGGACCUGGAGUCAUGCUCCAAGGAGGGCGAGAUCCUGAGCUGCACGCGGUCGCACCGGGGGCCGCUCAACUUCUUCAUCCAGACGGUGAAGCCCAAGGACACAGUGAUGUGCUACCGCGUGCGCUGGGAGGAGCUGGCGGCCGGCCCUGCGGUGGAGCACACCAUGUUCUGGGAGGACGCCCACUGGUACGGGGGCUCGGAGAUGAGCACCCAGCACUGGCCCAUCCGCCUGGCGGGCUACCAGGAGCCCGUGCCCUACGUCACCAGCGAUGUCUACUCUUUCCGUGACAGCUUUGGGGGCAUCCUGGAGCGCUACUGGCUCUCCUCCAAGGCGGCGGCCAUCAAGAUCAAUGACUCAGUGCCCUUCCACCUGGGCUUCAACGCCACCGAGCGCUCCCUCUUCUUCCAGGCCCGCUACAAGGACUCUCCCUACAAGCCCCCGCCGGGGCAGCAGCCCUUCCCCGAGCUGAGCUACCGGGUGUGCGUGGGCUCUGACGUCACCUCCAUCCACAAGUACAUGGUGCGCAGGUACUUCAACAAGCCCUCCAAGAUCCCUGCUGAAAAUGUCUUCUGCUACCCCAUCUGGUCCACGUGGGCCCUCUACAAAAAAGAUAUCAAUCAGGAUAAAGUUCUACAUUUUGCAAGAAACCUUAAGAAAUACCAUUUCAACUGCAGCCACAUUGAGAUUGAUGACAUGUACACACAGGCGUACGGGGACUUUGACUUUGACACUGUCAAGUUCCCCAAUGUAACUGAGAUGUUUGCAAAACUAAGGGAAGAUGGGUUUAAAGUCACUCUGUGGAUUCAUCCCUUCAUACAUGUGGAUUCCUCCAAUUUUGGUGUGGGUAUUGAGCGUCAGCUCUUCAUCAAGGAGCCCUCAGGGCGGCUGCCUGCCAUGGUGGAGUGGUGGAAUGGCAUUGGGGCCAUCCUGGACUUUACCAACCCAGCAGCCCGGGACUGGUUCCAGAGUCACCUGCGCCAGCUCCGUCACAAGUACGGCAUCUCCUCCUUCAAAUUUGAUGCAGGUGAGACCAGCUACCUGCCCAAGCAGUUCAGCACUUUCCGGCCUCUCUCUGACCCCAGCAUCUGGUCCCGGCGUUACACCGAGAUGGCCAUCCCCUUCUACGAGCUGGCCGAGGUACGGGUGGGCUACCAGUCACAGAACAUCUCCUGCUUCUUCCGCAUCAUUGACCGUGACUCUGUGUGGGGCUAUGAGCUUGGCCUCAAGUCCCUAAUCCCCACAGUUCUCACCAUCAGCAUGCUGGGCUAUCCAUUUGUAUUGCCAGACAUGAUUGGAGGAAACUUCCUCCCCAAUAAGACGGACGGAGCCGUUGAGAUCCCGGACCGGGAGCUGUACAUCCGGUGGUUGGAGCUGUCGGCCUUCAUGCCCUCCAUGCAGUUCUCCAUCCCACCAUGGCUCUAUGACAAGGAGGUGGUGGAGAUUGCACAGAAGUUCACAGAGCUCCAUGAGUCGCUGGUGGCCCCGCUGCUGCUGGAGCUGGCCAGGGAGGUGACCGAUACGGGAGACCCCAUCAUCCGGCCCAUCUGGUGGAUCUCACCCCACGACGAGGCCACGCACCGCAUCGACUCGCAGUUCCUCAUUGGGGACACCCUCAUGGUGGCUCCCGUGCUGGAGAUGGGCAAGCAGGAGCGUGACAUCUACCUGCCGGUGGGCAAAUGGCACAGCUACAAGGGGGAGCUCUUUGAGAAGACGCCGGUGCUGCUCACCGACUACCCUGUCGACCUGGAUGAGGUCGCCUAUUUCCUCUGGGUUUCCUAACGGGUUCCUCCAUCUGCUGUGUUACUGUUCUAUGGAUUAAUUAACACUUAAUUUGAACUACCAUAGAGUUUCAAGUUUUUUGAUUAUCAUGAAUGUAAGAAAAAAUACUGUGAACUCUCUUAAUGUUGCAGUUGCUGUAGAGUAACUUAAUGCAAUAUAUUGAAUGUA